CUUCCACUCCGGGGAUAGCCCGGAACAGCAAGAAGAGGCCGGCAAGUCCUUUCCACAACGGCAGCAGCGCCGGGGGCUAUACCGCCAGUAAGAAGAAAAAAGUGUCCGCCUCUGGCUUUGCGCAGACAUUUACCGAGUGCCUGUGAGGUGCAGAGCGCCCUAAUGAACGGUGUGGAGGAACACAAAGAUGUAUUGAUACAGAUGAUUUCCCUCAUCCUCAGAAAAGUGCUUUUUUGACCCUAGUUUCCCUGUCCCAAAGUGGAUUUGGUCUUAUCUCAUGCGGUUGUUAUGAGGAUUCAAUGAGAUCAUGGUCCUAAGCUCUGAGCACAGCGCCUGGCACAGACUUCACAGCAUCUGGGAGAUCGGGGCUCUGCAAUUGCUUCAUUUUAUUUAAAGCAAUGAGAAAGCAAAGAUGGAGUGUGUUAUUUUGUGCUCUCCAACACAUGGCGUGGCAUCCUAAACCCAGAACGACAUUCUAGAGAUAUUAACUGUCUAUGGCUUCCUCCGUCGAUAAUUGGGUAUCAGCAUGGAAGGCGUGAGUGAGAAUAAAAUGGUGCCCUCCGAUUUUAGCACAGGACCUCUUGAAAAAGCGGCCAAACCUUUGCCAUUUAAGGAUCCCAACUUUGUGCACUCUGGCCACGGUGGCGCAGCGGCUGGCAAGAAGAAUAGAACCUGGAAGAACCUGAAACAGAUUCUGGCUUCUGAAAGGGCACUGCCAUGGCAACUGAAUGAUCCUAACUACUUCAGUAUUGAUGCUCCUCCAUCCUUUAAACCGGCUAAGAAGUAUUCUGACGUUUCAGGUCUUCUUGCCAGCUACACGGACCCCCAGAGCAAGCUGCGCUUCAGCACCAUCGAGGAGUUUUCCUACAUUCGGCGGCUGCCGUCCGACGUGGUCACGGGCUACCUGGCCCUGAGGAAGGCCACGAGCAUCGUUCCCUGAGCCCGGAGAAACGGAGCAUGAAGUGGAAAACUGUUUCAAAGGCAGACUUUGGACUCAAGAUUUUGUUUUAUGGAAACAAACUCAUUCUGUCAAUCUGGAAAUGUCAGUGUUGGGCCUUGGAAAGAAUGUUUGGCUUUAAUUUAAGGAGGUUUUUUUGUUUUCCCUCCAAGUGUGAUAUAUCCUGUUGAAUUAAAUUAUACUUCAGUUGUUGCCCCAA